AUGCUGUUAUUAAUGUUGCUCACAUAUUACGGUUACUUUUGCCAAAGGAUUUACGGUGUUGUCGGUGGUGGGGGUGGUGGUGGUGGAAUUUUAUAUCCCCGGGAAUCGGAAACUCGGGAAGUUAAAUCAUUAGAUGGUAUAUGGAAUUUUAAAUUAUCACCAAAAAGUGAUUCCGUACAAGCAUAUAAAGAAAAAUGGUUUAGUAAAGAACUUAAAGAAUCCGGUGGUACCACGAUACCCAUGCCCGUUCCUGCCAGUUAUAACGACAUAACAACAUUUAAAGAAAUUCGUGAUUUUAUUGGCGUCGUUUGGUACGAUAGAAAAUUUUUUGUACCUGGAUCAUGGAGCGAAAAUCAAAGGAUUUGGUUGAGGUUUGGAAGCGUUUGUUAUUCGACAAUGGUGUGGAUAAAUGGACAGUUAGUUACCAGCCACGAAAUCGGCCAUUUACCAUUUAAAGAAGAUGUUACGCAGUAUUUAAAAUAUGGACAAGAAAAUUUAAUCACUGUUGCCGUUGAUAAUAUUUUAUUACAAACGACAGUACCACAAGGAAUACUCUCUGAAAUAAUCAUAAACAAUCAAACGGAAUUACAUCAAUCGUAUUCAUUCGAUUUUUUCAAUUAUGCUGGAAUUGAUCGUCCUGUACUACUCUACACAACUCCAGAACUUUACAUAGAUGACAUAACAAUUUCAACGGAUUUUUACAACGAUAAUGGUUUGAUUUAUUUUCGAAUCGAUUAUAAAAGCGCGGAAGAAAUCGAUUUCGUAUCGGUCAAUUGUAAAGUUAUUUUAUCCGACGGAGAUGAUAACGAAAUUAAUUAUUUGGAAAAUUGCAGUGGAAAAUUUACGGUACCUUCUCCCAAAUUAUGGUGGCCAUAUUUGAUGGAUCCAUCUCCCGGCUAUUUGUACAAACUUCGAGUUGAAUUAAUGGAUGGCGAUUACACACUUCGAGACGUUUACCGUCUACCGAUCGGAAUUCGAAAAAUCUCAUGGUCGAAUACAAAUGUUUUUAUUAAUAACAAACCCAUAUAUAUAAGAGGUGUUGGAAAACACGAAGAUUCCGAUAUUAAAGGAAAAGGAUUAGAUUUAUCCGUUAUUGUUAAAGAUUAUAAUCUUUUAAAAUGGAUGGGAGUCAACACUUUUAGAACUUCACAUUAUCCUUAUGCGGAGGAAAUAAUGGAUUUAGCCGAUUCCAUGGGAAUAAUGGUUAUUGAUGAAUGUCCGAGCGUUAAUACGGAAAUUUAUUCGGAUACGUUACGACAAAAACAUGAAAAAUCACUAACGGAAUUAUUUCAAAGGGAUAAAAAUCGUCCGAGUGUUAUUAUGUGGUCUGUAGCUAACGAACCAAGAACACACGUGCCAAUAUCCGAUAUUUAUUUUAAGCAAAUCGUAGAUCACAUGAAAUCACUCGAUGGUACACGACCGGUAACGAUAGCUUUAUCAAGAAGACCUUUUGAAGAUAAAGUGGGCCAGCACCUUGAUGUUGUUUCUUUUAACAGAUAUAAUUCUUGGUAUUCAAACACGGGUCAAACGGAAGUUAUUUUUCAAAAUGUUAUCGAUGAAGCUGAAAAAUGGUUUUACAAAUAUCAAAAACCGAUAAUAAUGACGGAAUAUGGUGCCGAUGCUGUAGCCGGUUUACACAUGGUUAUUUUUCUUUUAUAUUUAAUUAAAUUAACUAUUUUUAGGUUCGUUUGGUCAGAGGAAUAUCAAAAUGUUGUACUUCAACAACAUUUUAAAGCAUUCGAUGUUUUAAGAUGCAGAGGAUUUUUUAUCGGGGAAAUGAUAUGGAAUUUUGCCGAUUUUCAAACUGCUCAAACUACUGGAAGAGUUGGUGGUAAUAAAAAGGGAGUUUUUACAAGGCAAAGAGAACCUAAAAGUUCAGCUUUUUUACUACGUAAAAGAUAUUACGAAUUAGCUUUCGAAUUAGACGGAGUUCCCCUUCCCGAUGAUCUUGUAAGAUACACAUCUAAUAUAAACACUACAUAUAAUAAUUUAAUAUAA